AAGCACGUCAAACCCGGUAGUGAGUGAGUGUGUGUGUUUUCCCCUCAGCAUGCUGCAUCAUGUGGAGUUCGUGUUUCCUGAUUAGACUGUGGAGUGUGUGUUUACGGGUACAGUGCAGCGUUAGUGUGAGUGUGUGUGAGUUAGUUAUAUAGUUAGUGUGAGUGUGUGUGAGUUAGUUAUAUAGUUAGUGUGAGUGUGUGUGAGUUAGUUAUAUAGUUAGUGUGAGUGUGUGAGUGCAGGAUGACCGGUGUGUGUAGAGAAGUGCUGACUCUACAGAUCGGACAUUACUCCAACUUUGUGGGGACUCACUGGUGGAACCUGCAGGAUGCGUCUCUGUGUUAUGACACUGACGUCCUGCCGGAUGAGCUGCAGAGUGAUGUGCUGUUCAGAGAAGGUCUCACACUGGGUGGACAGGUCACCUACACACCCCGCCUCAUUGCCCUGGACCUGAAAGGAAGUCUACAGACUCUGAAACAGGAAGGCUGUCUGUACACUACAGAGCAAGAGAGUAACACCUUCACAUGGCAGGGUGAUAUUGUCACUCAUGCAGAAGCUCCUGCAGCUAGAAACUCAUUCCUGCAGGACCUUGACAGGCUGGAUGCAGGCGAGUUGCUAGCAGAGCCAGACUUUAACAAUCCACCUACUCUUGCCAAACACUCCUCCCCAGGAAUGACGGUUGCCAUGGAAACAGUGAACAGCAGGUUGGAGCAAAUGCAGCGACCCUAUAGGCUGGAGAACAGUGUAAAGGUGUGGUCAGACUUCCUGAGGCUCCACCUCCAUCCUCGUACCAUAUCCAUCAUUAAUCAGUUCAAUCAUGAUGGACACAGUGAGGCUGCACGGUUGGAGGCGUUUGGUCAGGGGGAGGCGCUAUUACAGGGCUCUGUAUUGGAGGAGCUGGAGGAUAAACUCCAUUUUUUCAUAGAGGAGUGUGACUACCUGCAGGGGUUCCAGGUGGUGUGUGAUAUGGCAGAUGGUUUCUCAGGUUUAGGAUCAAAGGUUACAGAGCUGCUGCAGGACUCCUACAGUGGGCGUGGCAUCCUGACAUGGGGCAUGGCUCCUGUCAGUCACCCUGACUCAAGUCCGAUUAAGGAUGUGUAUCACAUGAUGAACUGGGCUCUGGGAAUGGUGCACAUGGCCAAUCACAGUUCUAUGUUCUGCCCUUUGACCCUGAGGGGAGGGAUGGGGAGAUGUCCAGCUCCACCCACCACUUUUCCUCUCCUCAGUUAUGAUCCAUCUCUGUGGUAUCACAGCAGCGCUGUUUUAGCUCUGGCUCUAGACACAGUGACUGUCCCCUACAGGCUGAGGCAGAACAGCGCCCCCAUGUGGCAGCUGGCAGACGCACUCACUGUCUCGGGCAGGAAGGUUGUGUGUGCAUAUGGAUCUGUUCCAUUUCCCAUGAUGCAAGGCAGCUGUCUUCCUGACGCACUGAACGCCUGCAGUGACAUGUUACCAUGGAAACCUCUAUCAGGAUGCCCCGAGCAGGCCGACGGGCGAUGCUUUGCCCAAUCGGUGAUACUUCGGGGGCUGGAGGGGCGGAGCCGAGUGAGUUCUCUGGUUCCUGGAACAGAACCUCCCUCCAUUCUACACUGUGCUCAGUCAGGAGAGGAAGUACUGAACACAUACCUCAGAACACAUUACCCUUCUACACCACUAGCAGCACAGUUGCUCUACUCCCCUAGUAAACUGACCCCGCCCUUUCCUGAGAUCUUUAGUCCAAAACUGGAAUGUCAGGGUUUAAUACGGAACGAACCAUCUACUACUGCGGCUCCCCAGGCGGUUUUGUCUCUUCCUGUGCUGACAAGUCUGCAUUCCAGUUCAUCCAUGUCUCAGUUCUUAGCCGAGCUUCAAAAGUCCUGCAGCGCCGUUGAUUUACGUCGAGUUUCUCCAAGUUUCCUUUCUCACGGCGACCAAGCUGAAAUGGCAGAGAGCUUCGAGCAGCUGCGGACACUGGCUCACUGUUACCAUGACGACAGUGGUGGCGUGGUGCGCUCUUCCUCUGAAGACGAUGAUGAUGAUGAUGAUGAUGAUGAUUAGCUCUGUGUAAACAAUCCGAGAGCAAAUUCAGAAUCCAGAUCAGUUGAUGGAGAUGGAAGGACUUUUGGCCAGUGGAAGGAGUUGAUGGUGAGAUGGAUUAGCUGCUGAAGAAAGAGGCAUCUGUGCUCAGAAUCGCUCCAUAUUCAGCGUAUAGGGGACAGAACUGUAGCAUGCAAACCCUAUAUGGGACUGAAAUGGAUUUAAGAGGCUGAAAUAAAGGAUCUAGUGUUGGUCAAGAGUAAAAUAUCUGACACAGAGAAGCCCACUACUGCAGUCCAGAAGUGUGUAACCGAGCUCAGUGUUAUUUAAAGACCAGCAUGCUGCUUUGAAUAUUAACUGACCUUAUUAAAAAAAGUAUAAUACACAAAAUGUUUUGAUAGUGCUUUAUAUUAACAUAAAGAGGUUGUGAGUGCUAUUAAAACUUUUCUUAAUAAACAAUCUUGUGGUUAAAUUAACUCUAAGACAAAUAAGUUUGUUUUAAGUUGAAAUGAGUGCAAAUGGAACCAGAAUUAAAGGGAUCAAUAUUUGUGUUGGGUUUUUUUUAUUAAACUCCGCUUGGGUGUAUUUUCAUUUUGAUGAAGUUUGUGUUUAAUGUUGUGUGUAAACAGAGUGGUGUUGUGUGUAAACAGAUUAGUGUUGUGUGUAAACAGAUUAAUGUUGUGUGUAAACAGAGUGGUGUUGUGUGUAAACAAAUUGGUGUUGUGUGUAAACAGAGUGGUGGUGUGUGUUUCGUAUCACUGCUGAGGUAAUGCGCUCCCCUCUAAUGUGAUUGGUCAAACGCUUUGUGGUGGGAUUUUUUUUUUCUUUAGAUGGAAAAUUCUAGAAACUCCCAUGAGGUGGAGUAACCUGGAUCAGUUAUUAUUCACAUUUCCACUUCAAAAUGCAUGGUUAAUGUACGUUUCUCUCAUUUAAUGACCUAUAUCUUAUUAAAGGUUGCAUUAACGUGAGCCAGCUGAUCUGGUCAUGUUAGCUAGCUAGUGUAGCUAGUGUAACCGUAGCUAGUGUUAGCUAGCUAGUGUUUCCGAGCAUUAUUCCUGGGUUCGCCUAAACACUUAGGAACUAAGAAAUGAAAUAACAUAACUUCUAGGUUCCAACACAACCUUUAUUUCUGUGCUGCACAAAAAAUUUCUGUGCUGUUCAUCUGCAGAAAAGCCGGCUCUCACCUUCAGAGGAUUUGCAGAAUUGUCAUGAAUUUCUCCGUAAAAGAAAUUCUUGAAACUCUAUAUAAAACACAGAAGAAUUCAUGUCUCUAGACUUGUGACAGGAAGUAGCAGCAGUUUCACACAUGCACAGAACAAAAUCUGAGUUUCCACACAGUACAAAUCAUGUUUCUGGUAUGGAUCGAAGAGUGACAAGCCCAUUGUAAUGGCUAAUGUUAGCAGUCAGGUUAGCUCCAACCCACCUGAGGUCUUGUCAUAUUAGCUCAAUUUUAAGUAACAUUAGCAGUGAUAGUUAUUUGUGAACAGAAUGUUCAGCUUAGCUUGUAUGUUAGUUAACUAAAUACUGUUUAUGAACAUUUAUUCAGUUACAGGUGAUGGUAGCAUGAAUUGUGAUGACACUGACAGUGAUGUGAUAUAAUUAAACGUAAUAUUAUUACCUCCAUCAUCCAGUAUCAGCAAAUCAUUUGACUGAUGUGAUAAAUAUCAGGUGAAUAAAGAUGUUUUUUGUUCUUGUG